UCUUCACAUUUUGCAAACCACUGCAUUUCCAGGUCUCCUGGGGCAGCUGAGGAGAGCCAUCACCAUGAUUCCCACACUGCUCUUUCUGGGCCUUACAGCCCUUGUCGCUCCAUCCAUGAGUUACAGUUGCUAUGGUGAUGUAAGUGCUCUUCAAGCCCCCACAAUCUCCUGUACAGCCGUAAGAUCUCCCGACUGUGGACUUGCCAUGGUACGUAGGACUGCUGAGGCAGACGUCAUACGCCUGAGGAAAUACGAGAUGCCAAUUAAGAGAGUAGCGAGAAACCUGUGCUUGGACCCGGCACUCAUUGCUGCCAUCAUCUCGCAGGAGAGCCGUGUCGGCCUGCUCCUGGACAACGGCUGGGACCAAGGUCGGCAGAAGUACGGCUUGAUGCAGAUUGGCAGGGAGCAAUACCAACCUUUCGGAAUGUGGGAUAGUGAAGAUCACAUAAAUCAGUGCUCAGCUAUCCUGGUUCUUGCAAUUAAUGAAGUACGGGCAAGACAUCCUACCUGGACCUGGGACCAGCAGCUGAGAGGGGGAAUCUGCACCUACCGUGCGAAAAUGGGCAACUUCCAGGUCUACGAGGAAGACCCAUGCGACAGAGACAACUACUACGCCAACAGCGUGAUUAGGCGAGCCCAGUACUUUAAGAGGCAUGGGUUUUAGGUCAUGAACCCACUGCACCACCGAGCCUCUCCUCUACAUAGACUAGCCCAGUAGUGAUCAUAGUACCCAGAGCAGUUCCUCAGGUCUCCUGGCAGGACCGAUGCUGGUGGCAAUGGCGACAGCACCUUGCUCACUCCAGCAAACCCCAACUCCACACUCGCUAGUGGGCGAGCUCAGCACUGCCUUCCAGGGGAGCUGCAGGCAUGAGAAACCACGAGCUUGCGGCCUUUGAAAGGCAGGCAGGGCCAGACCAGCGAUGUUUAAGUGCUGGGUGAGGAAGGUGCCUCCUCUCAUUCAGAGCUGAAGCCAGGGCUGUUCGUGCAUCCCCCAGGUGCGGGCAUGCAUGCAGCUCUCCAUGGGCAUCGGCUGUGCACUUCCCAUCUCCUCCAUCCACCCUCUUUCCCUCUCCCUGGCCAGCAAAGGGGAGAAGCCCCCAAAUUGAAAUCUUCCUUCCCCUUGAUUGUGCUAGCUAGUGGACAACGAAGAGACUUCUUGACGAGCCUCUGCCGUCUGCAUGUUUCUGCACUAGAUGUGUAUUUUCAUGGCCGGCUCUGUAGGGGCAAUGCUAAACACGCUUCUGUUAAUCUCCCGAGCCCUGAAGCCCGUGGAUGUAGUGGGGCUGGAGACCUCUUCAGGGUGAAACGCAGCCUCACAUAGGGGAAAUCCUCUACAUGGGAAGUACUGCAAGUGCCACAGCAGGCACGCAAAACACCUUUCCACUAGAGAGCAGCCCUCUCAGCAGGAGCCAGCCCUGUGUGUACCUGCCCUAGGAGCUGUAUCACAACAGUAGUGUUGAUAAAAAAAACCCCACGACCUUUCCUGCUUUAGCUUUGGCACCUUUAUGCUGGGUUUCCUCCAAGUGUAAAAGCAUUUCAGCAUCUGUCGCCCUGCCAGGAAUCCAACUUCUAAUUAGGAGUGAAUUAGCUUUGGGUUUAUAAGCUCUGUUUGAAAGUGUUCUUCAAUGAGGAUGGGUCUGGGUGCAAAUUUAGGUUUAUUGAGAAUAAUACUGAGAAUAAGAGAGAAAAUAAAGAUAAAUG